AAACUUAAAUCGCCAAGAAACCAAACCAAAACCACCGUGAAUUGAAUACACCAUCUUUCUUUCGCUGGCAAAACCCCCACCCAACCCCCUUUCCCUUCCUUCCUCAAUCGCAAUUCCGUCGCUUCAAAACGACGUCGUUUCCUUAAAAUAUUCAAUUAUCAAACCGCCUCGCUUCCCCUGUAAACUAAAUUCACUUUGCGAUGGCGAUGACAGUUGAAGGCUUGCUGGACUUGCCCUUAUGUUUUCUUCCAGUCUCCUUCUACAAAUCGUGGCUUGUGCAAUAUACAGCAACUGGUGGCCAAUGUUAUCAGCGCUCAUGUAUAUUUUGGUCCCUAUGCCAUGCAUGUUCUUUGGUGGAGGAUCCACAGAAUAUUUACUCAGCCGUGAAGGUGGAGGGUGGGUAGAUGCUGCCAAAUUUCUAACAGGUGCCUCAGCAGUAGGAAGCAUAGCCAUUCCGAUAAUCCUAAGACAUGCGCUUCUAAUCAGCACUGGAGCUAUGUUGAUUGAAUUUUUGUCGUUUUUCAUAUUUGUGGGUACCGUUAUGUGCUUUCAUCGUGCUAAUCUUGAAGACGAAUGGUGAUGAAAUCAUUUCAGGUUUCUGACAGACAAAGGCAAUGAAGAACCAAGUUAAAGAACAAUCAAGGUGCACAAGUUAGAAAGAACUAGUUCCUAUUAAUGUAAAGCUUAAACAAUUUGACUUAAUUUUGUUCACUCACAUUCUAAUGAACUACGUAGAGUUUUGUCUGGGCUGUUCAUGCAUACAAGUAAAUAACGAUGUGUGUUUCAUUUUGGUGGUGGUCUGACAUUAGUAAUCAGUAUAUGUAAAAUUUAAUGCCUGGGAUA